GUCUUGGCACCGACCAUUCUGCAAGGCUGCACUGCCUGCAAGGUUUAGAAAAAAAAAGUGAAUCCAGCGAUCAGUGAUCUGCCCCUCGGUGUUCUUCCAGAGUUAAACAUUCCCCAUUUUCUACAACAACGUCACCAUGUCGAGGCGCCGCCAAGAACAACAAGAGGAUAUGUCCUCCGACGGGGGGUCAUUUGCCGAAUUUGACGAAGAUGACGCCCUUUCUACCUCCGACGACGACGAUUUCGAAAAGAGGAAAAAUGCGCUUCUCGACAAGGAUUCCGACGAGGAGGAGCUGGAACGCUUCGUCUUAGGGAGCAAGGAGACGUUCCGCGAACAAUUAUUUCGCGACGACUUCCUUCCUUCCGUCACCGACGCCAAGGCACUCGUCAAAGUUACGCCUGAAGACGAGGCCGCCGCCACAGGCCACGAACAUGUCUCCGACUCUAUGCUCUUUACGCUUGACACGGGGGGAGACUCAGAUGAGGAGCUUGAACUGGCCGAGGGGAGGCAGGCCCCACAAGAGAAGGAAGAGGAGGCACCGGCGUGGGAGGACAGCGACGACGAACGGUUAACCGUCUCUCUGGCUGGAGCCACCCGGCUUAGGAAACUUAGACACACCGAGGCAGAGGAUGUCGUGAGUGGUACCGAGUACGCACGGCGGUUACGGCAACAGUACCUCCGUCUCUACCCGCUACCAGAUUGGGCCAACGAGGCCGCUACCGCCGGCUCUAAACGGAGGAGGCGGCGCUCCUCGGCCGCCUCGAACGACUCCUCCGCCUCGGAUAUGGAGGUGGACAGCGACGGCGAGAGCAUCGACGCCCCCCUCCCACUCGACACCUUCCUCCGCGACGCCAACUCCUUCGCCCCGACCUCCGACAACACCCGGGCCAAGCGCCGCAAGCUCCGCCCGGAAACCCUCGACAUCCAGCGCACGCGCGACAUCCCCGACACGCACAAAGCGGGCGUCUCCUCCCUCUCCUUCCACCCGCGCCGCCCCAUCCUCCUGUCCUCCAGCACGUCCUCGGUCAUGUACCUGCACCAGAUCGACGGCGCGGCGCACCCUGUGCCCAACCCGGCGCUGACGUCGGUGCAGGUGAAGCGCACGGACCUGCGGCGCGCCGCCUUCGUGGGGCCCGACGGCGACGAGGUCGUCUUCGCCGGCCGCCGCCGCUACUUCCACAGCUGGAACCUGGCGUCGGGCCUCGUCAAGAAGGUCUCCAAGAUCCAGGGCCACCAGAAGGAGCACCGCUCCAUGGAGCGCUUCCGCCUCAGCCCCUGCGGCCGCUACCUCGCCCUCGUCGCGAGCGACAAGAAGGGCGGCGGCGCGCUCAACAUCGUGAACGUCGGCUCCAUGCAGUGGAUCGCGCAGGCGCGCAUCGACGGGCGCGGCGGCGUCGCCGACUUCGCGUGGUGGGCCGAGGGCGAGGGGCUGACGAUCGCGGGCAAGGACGGGCAGGUGGCCGAGUGGAGCAUGGCGACGCGGCGGACGGUCGGCGUCUGGCGGGACGAGGGGUCCAUCGGCGGCACGGUGAUGGCGCUGGGCGGGCGCGGCGGGCCGGCCGAGCUGGGCGGGGACCGCUGGGUCGCCGUCGGGUCCAACAGCGGCGUGCUGAAUGUCUAUGACCGGAAUGAGCUGCUGGCUAGGCCGACCGCCGCCAAGCAGGCGGCCAAGGCGGGCGCGCCCGUGGAGAUCAAGAAGCUGCCGACGCCGACGCGCUCGUUUGAGCAGUUGACGACGUCUAUCUCGGUCGUCACCUUUGCGCCGGACGGCCAGCUGCUGGCGUUUGGCAGCUUCCACAAGAAGGAUGCCCUCCGGCUGGUGCAUUUGCCCAGUUGCACUGUUUACCGCAACUGGCCGACCGAGCAAACGCCCCUGGGGCGGAUUACCGCCGUGGCGUUUAGCGCGGGGAGCGACGUGCUGGCGGUGGGGAAUGACGUGGGCAAGAUUCGGUUGUGGGAGAUCAGGAGCUGAUGGGAGGGGUUACGUGGAGAGUAGGAUGUAUAGGCAGAGUGGGAUAGGAGUGGGAUAGGGAAUGGACGGCUGAUAUGCGAUGAAUUUUCAGGGAGGGAGUGGUAGUGUUCCCUCUAAUGCUAGAUACAGGGUGGUGUUGAGAUCAAAAGAUCAUCCGCAAGAGAGCCCUGACAGGUCCCA